UUUUGCUCUAGUGUUAAUGUUGGCGGCAAUUUCCCGCCAAAGUGGGCGACAGGCCGAGCAGCAUGACUGAAGUCAAAGUCGAGUCUCUCUCCUCCUCAGUGUCCCUCAUACUGUCCGAGGAGUCUUCAGUCACUGAUAAGCAGAAUGCUUAUUCUCUGUUGUCAAGCACUCUUAAGACUGUUAGUUCUAACGUGAUCGUUCCCGAGGAGAUAUCCUCCCGCCAUUUAGAACUACUGGAGGCCAGUCUCCAUUAUAUCGAGAAAGGCUCACCUCUCACUUUAGCAUCUUUACAACUGUUGGGCUAUAUUCUAUUUAAUGAGCACCUUGUCAAGUCUCUCGAUGGCGACGUAGUAAAGAGGAUAUUGAAAGUUAUUCUAGAUGUGAUUCGUUCCGAGUCUUGUUCCAAAGUCGUCUGUACAAGGGCCUUAUGGUGCCUCUCCAGCCAAAAUAUUGACAGACACACUAUGAAUAAAAAUAUAUUUGAUGUUCUGAGGGUCGUUCGGGCUCUUAAAGGUACUCACCUUAUCCAGGCAUCAAGCGUCACUUCAGAAAUACUCGGGAUUUUGAAUAAGUUAAAGCUGCAGUGCAGUAAGAAGUUCAAUGAGUUGGUUCAUAUUUGGUAUGAGCCACUCCUACUGGUUUAUUUCAGUAAAAAUGUUAAAGCUCAGCAAAGAGGUAUUGAGAUAUUAAUUGAAAUGGAAGAAAUUAUAAAAAAUAGUAAAGAACUUAAUAUAUGGCUCCACACUGAAGUCAAGAAUACUCUCAUCCAUCAGAUGCUGGCGUCAAAGGUUAUUGAUUGGUCACUUUUAUUGAAAAUAUGGUGCCACUUUGUCAGAAUAUUAGGAAAAACUCUUCGUAGAUCAAGUACUUUACUUAACGAAAUGUUAAAGAUUCCUGAAAGAGGAUUCAAGAACAGUUCACCAGCUGUUCAAAUUAACACCUACGUCUCAUGGAAAGAACUCAUACUAGACUUCUCACUUGAUUCAAAUGUUAUAACUAAUGAAAAGAAAAUGAAGUGUCUACUCUUUCCUUUUGUGAACUACGCUACUAAGAACCGAAUACAGUCAGUGGAUGAAACCCGUCUGACGACCUGGUGGUACUUUAUAACCUGUUUAGUACCUCACAUUAAUGCCAACAAUAAAAGAAAGAUAAUUAAUGAGGUUGUGUCACCAUUUUUCUUGUUCUGCCUUGGAACAGACCCAAAGAGAUCCCUCUCCCUCCUCCAUGUUAUUUCUGAUGAUGGUCUCUCACUAAAAGAGAAAUACGACACCAUCAUACCCUCUCCCUCAUCCACUGAUACUCCCUCAAAUUCCAAGAAGCUCUUUGAUCCACCUGUUUCAUUUAUUGCCACCGGCUGUGCAGCGUCUCUUCUGUUGCUAGGGAUUAAUAAUAUUAAAAUUAACGAGUCAUUGUUGUCAACUGCUACUUGUAUUAAGACCACGCCCAUAUCCUCGGAGAUUAGUAACGUAUUAUUAAUAUUUGUUGAAGGACUCUUGACCAAUAGAUCAGUUCUUCCUCUGAAUACAGUUCAAGAUGUGGUUUAUGACAUAUUGGUGGGUGUGGUCACACCGUUAGUGGCCACACCCUCAAGUAGUACACCCCCACAUUUAAUUAGCUCGUUAAUAUUUAUAUUGUUGACUGAAGACAAGCUUUUUUCUAGAGAGAGACAGAUUGCAUUACUUUGUUUGUUGAGUAAAUUCCAGUCAUUAUUACUGAGUAAUGUCAUUAAUAAUUAUAUUAAAACUGACAGUAACAUGGCUUGGAGCGUCCUCUUUGAAAAAUGUCUCCUUUUCUUGUUCUGUGGGAUCAAAGAGGAAAAUGAUCUCAUUGCACUUUGCAAUUCGCUAAUCGCCGUGGCAACCAGCCCCAGACAGCAAGGGGGCAUGGUCAUAUCUAACGUAGAAUGUCUGGUUAAUUACAAGAAAUUGAUUGAAUUAAUUAAUAAUAAAUACAAGGACUUGGCGGAUAGAGAUGAAACCCAUUGCUCUGAAAUCAUACAGCAGCUGUGGAUUAAAAUUACUAAAUACUUCGUGUCAUUUUUAAAAGACUCUGGGCAGGUCAGAGAUAACCUUAACAGCCUUGGUGUGACUGAGUCUGAUUUUAAAAUAGUUCGAAAGAUGAUUCAGUUUCCCUUUCUGUUUAGUUUAACUAAAGAUGUAGUCAAUGUCUGGAAGGAGUUGUAUCAAAUGGUACACGUCAAAUUGACACUGCAUUUAAAAGAUCCUAACAUUGCAGCUAAAAUGGUAUCAGAAGAUGUCAAUGCAGCUGUUUCACUUGAUGACAAGUGGCUUCAAUGGAAAGAGAAUUUUGACACUGAAGAAAGAUUGAAAGAAGUUGAUGUUCAUCUCAGUUCAAUUUGUGAAGCUUUGAUUCAAGUACUAGACACUAGUCACUCUAAGGCUUCAAUUAGAGUGGGAGGAGCUAAGGAGGCUUGUCCUUAUAGAGUCUGCACUAAUAAUGUUGGAUUCAUUUUGAAAUGUGUCCACAUUAAACUCCAUAGACUACUCAAUGAGAACAUCUACAAAUCAAGUACUUCAUUGCCUCUGUCUCUGCCACUGUCAGUUGACAUCACUUGCAAGUUAUACAAUUCAUUGUCUCACAAUGACUCCAUAGUCACUGUCACUUCUCUUCUCUCGCAUCCUCUGGCCCUCUUGAUGAAACAGUUACUCUCUUCUCCUCUUUGUAAGAGUGUCCUUUCCAAUGGGGUACCUGUUAAAGACCUGGUUCCAACUCUAUGGAAUUCAAUAAGCAUUUGCUACCUGACGAGAUUUGAUGGAAAGUAUAACAGCACUUUGCUAUCAUUAUUAUCACCAUUACUGGAGGUCACUUUAUUGUCGAAAAGACGUCAGAUUAUGUCUGAGGCCAUUUGCCUGUGGAGUAACACUUUUGGGAAAAAUGAAACAAACACUAAACUAGUUUAUACAUUAGAAUUGAGAGGUGCCCUGACUCAUUUCUGUUCUCUUCAAGAAGCAGCUGCUAGUAAUAUUACGCUCCCGAACUUUGAGCCACUUUAUCUUAAGCAGCACAGGUUUGCUACUGAUACUGAAGAUCUUUCCGAUGAGUCUCAGACCGUCCCUCUUGUACCAUGUACCCCUAACCCUCCUCCCUCUUACUCCACCUCUCUCCUCUUACAACCAGUCACCACUGUACCUUUCGUACCAUUCGCCACUCACCUGUCAACCACGGCUCACUCAAUUGCCUCUCCUUCACCCAGCGUUGCAAGCCCCACCCCUCUAAAAAGCACUGCAGGCUCCGCCCCUACCACUCCUAGUAGGUGUGGCUAUAAAAGAAUGUUAGAAGAUGAAGAUACUCAAGACUUUGUAGUCAUAGAGCCUCAGGUCAGUAAGAAGAGAAGAGUGUUGACAGAGCAUCAAAAGGAGGUACAGACGGAAAGAAGAGCUGACAUACCAGUGACUUAUACUACACUUGAUCCUUCAAUGGACACUCAACCUAACACUGGCAAUGAGGACUCUCAGUCAAGCAUUCAGUUCAAUAAUGUAUCUACAGCUGUACCUUCAAAUGAUGCAGCUGUAUCUUCUAAUGCUACUUCUGCUGUAUCUUCUAAUGUUGUGUCUUUAUCUGUUGCAGGUUCUCCAUCAAAAGCUGCUUCUCUCAUUCAGUCUAUUCCUGAUUCUCCUCCUCCUCAAGCUACAAACUUAUUACCACAAACCAUUGCACCAUUGAUCACUACACCGUCGACCAGUAUACCACUAACCACUGCACCAUUGAUCACUACACCAUUGACCAGUAAAUCAUUGACUGCUACACCACUAACCAGUAUUCCAUCGACCAGUACACCAUUAAUCACUACACCGUCGACCAGUACAGUAUUGAUUGCUACAUCGUUGACCAGUACACCACUGACCAGUAUACCAUUGACUGAUAAUGUUCCUUUAAGCACUGUAACUACACGUAUGAGUCCUUCACCAGGUACCACUCUACUUUCAGCCAGUGUACCAGUUACCACUCUACCUUCAGCCAGUGUACCAGUUACCACUCUACCUUUAGCCAGUAUACCAGGUACCACAACUCUACCUUCAUCCAGUGUACCAGGUACCACUCUACCUUCAUCCGGUGCACCAGUUACCACUCUACCUUCAUCCGGUGUACCAGUUACCACUCUACCUUCAUCCGGUGUACCAGUUACCACUGAUACUGUUCCAUUCUAUUCACCAGUAGCAUCAAUAUUGAAUGAAAGACCGCAGAGUCUACCAACAAGAGGGCGGGGCAGGGGGAGGGGCAGAGGAAGAAAGCCUCUUGAUAUCAAUAAUGUAUCAUCAAGCUCAGUUAGAGGAAGGGGGCGUGGUAGAGGGCGUGGUAGAGGAAGUAAACUAGUAUCAUCAUCUCAGAGUGAAACUAGUGAUGCUGAUAAUCCACCAACUGAAGUGAAGAGAAAGAGAGGUCGACCAAGAGGAGCUAAAAGCAAGAGAGCCAUACCUUUGUCUCCCCCUCUCUCCUUCUCUUCUCCUGUUCCUCAAACCCCUCCCUCUGCUCCUCAGACUCCUCCCUCUUCUGCUCCUCUUGUAAAUAAAAGUCCAAUUGAGAUGGCAUUGGAGGUAUUGCAAGAUGACAACUAUCCAAUGAAUAAGUUAGCUUCUUUAUGUUCUGCUGUCACUUCAUCUCCAACUUCUCUUACUACUACUGUAACUGCUGCACCUCUCACUAGACCCACUGCCACCUCUCCAUCCAUCAUACCCACUGCUCUGUCAACUGGCACCAUUGUACCUCCCACUGGACCACUUGUAUCUACCAUUGUACCGCCGGCUUUCAUGUAUAAUCCACUGACCACUCUACCAUUAGAUAGACCAGUAUCUUCAGUUAAUGUACUACCUCCUCCUUUAGUUACUGGCACCAAUACAACUCUAACGACGUACCAUAGUUUACCAUUGUCAACUAGUGUUAUUGGAGGAAGGAGGACCUCCUCCAAUGAUGGAGGACCACUAUCAACCUGUGUCACUCUUCCAGUGCCCAGUGUUGCUCCAGCAGGAGGUGAAGGUCCCUCUCUUGGUGUUAAAGGAGGGUGUUCAGAUGAUCCUUUAUCUGCUAAUGUUGAUAAAUUACAAAAGUUGUUUGAGAUUCAAGCUGACCCUCUUCUUCCCACUGAUACCACACCAUCCACUGAUAAUGAAACAAAUGAACAUGAAUCAAUGGAGAUAGGCAGUGAGGAAGAUUCCUCUAGUACUAAUACUUCAUCUGUCUCUAUUACAUCAUCUACUACUAAUACUGAUUUAUCUCUCAUGCCCAGUAUCACUAGCUCCAGUAGUAUAUCUGAGAGUCCAUUGCCACCAGUUAGUACAACUGAUAAUGCUACAUCUACUCAAUCUCUAACUCCUACCAUAACUACAUUAUCUCCAACUGAUGUUUCUUCUGUUCCUCCUCCCAUUGUUAUUUCAACCUCUACACAACAGCAGUCUACAUGUACAUCAACUGUAUCAACACAUACUUCUGGCCCUUCUAUAUCUAGUGCAUCAACUGUCUUGACACAUACAUGUACAACUGGCCCUUCUAUCAGUGCAUCAGUCUCCACUGUACAUGUUGCAGAUACAUCAUUAAAGCCACAUACUGAUAGCCUUAAUGAUGCUACUAAGACUAAGAAUGUUACAGUACCUAAACUGACAGUACUAGCUGGUAAAGUGGUCUCUUUAAUUAGUAAGACUGUUCCAAGCACACCAACACACCACCAGCCCUCACCUACCACUGGAGGGACACCUAUUGGCAUAUUGAAACAUGUCAGCCAGUUUGACACUCCUCUCUCUGGAUUAAAGAAUCGUCGAGUCCAGUUUGCUGACCCAGUUAUAAUGGGGAGACAAGAGCCACCAAUAUCCACAAUGGCAGGACCUGAGGGAGAGAAAAGCCAUUUUAGUAGAAGAAAGUCACCAUUUUCCUCAAGAAGGACACUGCAGCUAUCUAAUGGAGGAAGCAGCAAGGUAGCUGACCCACCACAGGCCACUGGCCCAGUGUUUCCAUCACUUGUUGAUUGUGAUACUCCAGUUGAAACAAUACUCCCAUCUUUAUCACCUUCUGGAAGAAAUACUGCUGGUCUUUCACAAGUCAUUCAUGCUAGGAAUAUUGCAACAAUUGGUAACCUCUCCACCCUCUCUGAGCAAGAAGUUACAACUUUGCCUAUUCGUUCACCAAAAGUGACCGUUUUGAGGACAGCUCUUAGACAUUUUGAAAAUGAUCUGACACAUCAUAGCAGUAGCAGUAGCAGCAAUAACAGUAAAAGGAAGCAGCAGCAUUCAACAAAUAAAGAGAUUGGACCAGUUAAGAAGAGACUAAAACUGCAAACCGACCCUCAGUCCCCCACCACUGCAACACCAGUAUCAGAUAUACUAACAACUGAUACUGGAGAUGUAAAUCAGGUUGAGGAGGUUUCAACUGCCGAUCAGAUAAGAGAUGAUAUUAUUGCUCAGGAUUCCUUACCUUUGUCAAUGGAGGAAGAACCAAUCGUAUUGCUCUCUGCAGUUUCUGAUAGUGAAUCAAAUAAUAGUCAAGAGAUCAUAAAUAAUGAUCAACUCAAAUCAUCUGAAGAUCAGCUUGAAUCAACUUCAGAAAUUAGUAAUAAUGAUAACAGUACGCCUUCUUCAACGUUCCCUUUCAAUGUUGAUUCUGAUAUCAGCGAAUCAGCAGCUAACAAUGUUAAUUCUAACGCUGAUUCUGAAUCCAGCAAUAGUAUUACUGAUAUCACUAUGAAUGAUGUUAAUAUGAGCACUAUCAGUGAAUCAGACAGAUUGAAUGCUGUAAUGCUUCAUGAUCACUGCUACUCAUCUACAGUUGAACCUUGUGUUGUUCCUAAGUCUAAUUCACAUACACCUCCAGUUACUGGAGGAGUUCUUCAGAUAAUCCCUCUGGUCUCUCUCAUUUCUAAUCCACAGCAGCUGCUUGUUAAUCCUCUAUCUGCGGUUUCAUUUCCAGUUUUUAAUAUUGAUGUGGCCCCAUCCACUGGGUCCAGUAAUAUUCCAUCUACUGGGCCUGUUAAUAUUUCAUCCACCGGGUCUGAUAAUAUUUUGUCCACUGGAUCUGAUAAUAUUGCAUCCACUGAGUUUGAUGAUAUUCCAUCUGCUGGGUCUCAUAAUAUUCCAUCCAUCGGGUCAGAUAAUAUUUUGUCCACUGGGUCUGAUAGUAUUCCAUCUACUGGGUCUGAUAGUAUUCCAUCUACUGGGUCUAAAAAUAUUUCAUCCAUCGGGUUUGGAGAUAUUCUAUAUACUCGGUCUAAUAAUAUUCCAUCUACUGGGUCUGAUGAUAUUCCAUCCACCAGGUCUGAUAAUAUUCCAUUCACCGGGUCUGAUAAUAUUUCAUCCACCGGGUCUGAUAAUAUUCCAUCCGCUGGUUCCGGUAAUGUUUUAUCAACAGAUAUCAAUUCAGCCAUUUGUUCUGGCAAUAUCCCACCCACUAGUUCUGAGACCUUUGAAAUACCUGAAGCUAUUUCACAGGAACUCUUCACUAGUAAUGAACCUGUUUCUACUGCUACCAGUGAAGAUCAUAAAGCUGAUUAUCUACAUAAAGAAGAAGAAGGAAAAGCUAAUGAAUCUGUUUCUACUGCUACUAUUGAAGAUCAUAAAACCAGUGUUGUACAUGAAGAAGAAGAAAGAGCAGAAGAGACUGAGAAAGAAGAGGAGAUCUGCCCACUGCAAUCUCUAGACAUGGAACAGGCUACUCCUCCAGCUAUUGUUAAUGAUGAUAGCUCAAUGGAAACCCAGGACAGUGCCCCCACGGAGCCCCCCUCGCAUGAUAAAAAACUUGAGGCAAUUUCUGAUGUUCCCCCUCACCUUGUUGCUCAAUAUUUACAAGCUCGAACUCACUCCAUUGAUGAUGAUGAAGAGCUUAAAAAAGUUGCCAAGAUUUGUCUAGCCAUAGCACACACUUAUUUUCAAAAGGAUUAGAAUGGUCUGACACAUUUGAGGCUAAUUUUUUGUGAUUUUUAAAAACUGUACUAUUAUUGCCAGUCAGUCAUCACUGACUUUUGGCAGUCAUUCAUUUAAACGACAUGUUAAUGCACAUGUACAUGUAGCUUACUACUUUAGUCUUAAAAAGAUAAUGUUGUGUUUAUAUUUGAUGCAUGAUUUUAGCAUGA